AUGAGUGCUCCAUCUGGACCUCCGCGUGGGCCCCCUCCAAGGGGUCCUCCUCCAAGGGGCCCCCCUCCGCGCGGUCCGCCGCCCGGGGCACCAGGAUCUCCACAAGGUGCACCGGCAAGAGGACCACCCCCUAGGGGCCCACCACCAAGGGGGGCUCCACCGGGUAUGGCUCCAGCACCGGGAGCUCCACAGAGUCCGCCUCCAAGAGGACCGCCGCCGAGAGGCCCACCACCCAGGGCCGCCGCCAACAGGAGCCCCUGGGCCAGGAGCACCACAGAGCCCACCCGCCAGAGGCCCGCCACCUCGAGGUCCACCGCCAAGGGGACCUCCACCGGGCAUGGCUCCCGGCAUGGCCCCCGGCAUGGCUCCAGUCAGAGGCCCCCCACCCACGGGGGGACCACCUCGUGGCGCUCCAGGGAUGCCCCCGGGAAUGCAGGCGCGGGGGCUGCCGCCUGGAUCACCCAGGGGCCCCCCUCCACGCGGACCACCUCCCGGGGCACCCGGGGCACCCGGAGCACCGCAAGGCCCGCCGAGAGGGCCACCGCCGAGAGGGCCACCACCCAGCCUGUCCGGAUCAACGACAACCGUGACUUGCGAAGGGGCCCCCCGCCUGGCAUGGCUCCCGGCGCUGCUCCAGCCAGAGGACCUCCGGGGAUGCCUCCAGGGAUGCAAGCGCGAGGGAUGCCGCCUGGAUCACCGAGAGGCCCCCCGCCAGGGAUGGCACCGCCUGGCCCAGGGGCUAUGGUUGUGGCGGGUCCCGGGGGUGCGGGUCGAGGCCCGCCGCCGAGAGGGCCACCGCCGAGGGGCCCGCCACCAAGAGGCCCACCGUCGGGCCCGCCCAGGGGAAUGCCGCCAAGAGGGCCCCCGCCCAGGGGACCUCCGCCAAGGGGACCGCCUCCAGGGCGAGGCCCUCCCGCCCCACCUCCGGGAUCGAAGAUGGGAUCAGAACCACCGAGGCCGGCCGCCGCGCCCAAGUUCGGACACCUCAUCGUCAAAUGUGUCAAGGGCAUCGAGCUCAAGGCUGGAUCGGGGAUGUUCGGUAAGGCAGACCCAUACUGCAAAGUCGUCAUCGGCACGCAGGAAUUCUCUACACGCCCACACAAGACUGGCGGGAAAAACCCGGUGUGGAAUGAGGAGCACGCGUUCGAGAUCUCAUCAGAGAAGGAAGCCAUGAUCGAGAUUUUCGACAAGGAGAACGUUGGCCAGGACAAGUUCAUGGGAGAGCUCAAGGUGAACAUCAUGGAUUGGGUGUCGAAAGGUUCCUUCAAAGGCGAUUUGGAGAUGCUGGACAAAUCAGGAAACGGGGUCGGGAAGAUCCACGUGGCCGUCAAGUUCGAGCGACCAGGAGCGGCGGGGGCAGGUCCAGGGCUGUCAGCAGGGCCGGUUGUUGCCACCGGAGCUAGGCCAGCGGGAGCCCCCAAAGCCCAAGGCACGAGAGAUCCCAACAGCAAGUUCAGCGAUGAGGAGAUCUGGGAGGCCUUCGUGGCGUUCGACCUCGACAAGAACAAGUUUGUCGGGGCGGCCGAGAUUCGACACGUGCUCGUCAAUAUCGGGGAGCAGGUCACGGACGAUGAGGUGGACGAGAUGAUCCGCAUGGUGGACAAGGACGGCGAUGGACAGGUGUCCUUUACGGAGUUCUAUGAGAUGGUGACCGGAGGAAACUCGCCCCCGCCAGGACUGGGGGGCACCGGCGGCGUAGCCGCGGGAGGUGGGGGGGCACCUGGCGGCGGAACGGCGCUAGCUACGACAGCACCACUAGGGCAGAACGUUGUGCAGCAACGCAACAAAAAGAAGCAGGCUAUGGACGACUUUGCAAGGGACAACAACAUCAAGCCGGAGAGCAUCAAGAAGGCUUACAAGCGCUUCCAGGCUACGGACAAGGACUCCACGGGUAUGAUCGACUACACGGAGUUCUGCGAGAUAAUGCAGGUGGACCCUUCACCCCAGUGCGAAGGGCUGUUCCAGCUGUUUGAUGGCGACCGCUCGGGGCAGAUCGACGUCAGAGAGUUCAUGAUUUCCCUCACCAACUUCGCGGGUGCGAGCAAGGACGACAAGCUCAAGUUCGCCUUCAUGAUCUUCGACGAGGAUGGCAACGGCGUCAUCACCAAACAAGAGUUGGCCCGAAUUUUGAAGGCCAACCACAUGGCUCAGUCGGAGGCCGAGGUGGCUCGAAAGACGGACACCAUCAUGGCUCAGGCAGACAAGGACGGCGACGGAGUCGUAACCUUCGACGAAUUCGUCAUCGUGUGCAAGAAGUUCCCCAACAUCCUCUUCCCUUCGACCGGCAAGUAG